GGGAGCCGCGGGGAGCGCGCGGGACGCGGCCCGAGGCCGGGCGCGAGCCGGGGCACCGGGCGGCGGCGGCGGCGGCGGCGGCGCGCGCCAUGUCGUUCAGUGAAAUGAACCGCAGGACGCUGGCGUUCCGAGGAGGCGGGUUGGUCACUGCCAGCGGCGGCAGCGGCGGCUCCACGAACAAUAACGCUGGCGGGGAGGCCUCGGCUUGGUCUCAGCAGCCGCAGCCAAGACAGCCGCCGGCGCCGCCCGCGCUCCAGCAGCCCAAUGGGCGGGGGGCCGACGAGGAAAUGGAAUUGGAGGGCCUGGAGCCCCAAGACUUGGAGGCCGCGGCUGGGGUGGCCAGUGCCGCCGCCGAGGAAGCCAAGGAGUUGCUGCUCCCCCAAGACGCGGGCGGCCCCACCUCGCUGGGCGGCGGUGGCGUGGGGGGCCCCCUGCUAGCGGAAAGGAACCGUCGGACUCUGGCCUUCCGAGGCGGUGGCGGCGGCGGGGGUCUCGGCAACAAUGGCAGCAGUAGCCGCGGCCGGCCCGAGACCUCGGCGUGGCCCCUGAGGCAUUUCAAUGGGCGAGGGCCUGCGCCCGUGGAUCUGGAGCUGGACGCGCUGGAGGGGAAGGACUUGAUGCCGGACGGCGCGUCCCUGAGCGACAGCACCGAGGACGAGGAGGAGGGGGCGAGCCUGGGCGACGGCAGCGGGGCGGAAGGCGGCAGCUGCGGCAGCAGCAGGCGGUCGGGCGGCGAUGGCGGGGACGACGCGGAGGGCAGCGGUGUGGGAGCUGGCGAAGGAGAGGCUGUCCAGCACUUCCCGCUCGCGCGGCCCAAGUCCCUCCUGCAGAAGCUCCAGUGCUCCUUCCAGCCCUCCUGGCUCAAGGACUUCCCCUGGCUGCGCUAUUCCAAGGAGACCGGCCUCAUGUUCUGCGGCUGGUGCCAGAAGCCCCCCGAGGACGGGGCCGGCGCGGAUCUCCCCGCCUCGGGGCACGACGAGCUUUCGCGGGGGACCCGCAACUACAAGAAGACCCUGCUUCUGAGGCACCACGUCUCCACCGAGCACAAACUCCACGAAGCCAACGCCCAGGAGUCAGAAAUACCGUCAGAGGAGGGGUACUGUGACUUUAAUAGUAGGCCAAAUGAGAACUCUUAUUGCUAUCAACUUCUUCGACAACUAGAUGAACAGAGAAAGAAAGAUAUUCUUUGUGAUGUCAGCAUUGUGGUGAGCGGGAAAAUCUUUAAAGCUCAUAAGAACAUCCUGGUUGCAGGCAGCCGUUUCUUUAAGACUUUAUAUUGCGUUUCAAACAAAGAAAGCCCUAACCAAAACAAUACUACCCAUUUAGAUAUUGCUGCAGUUCAAGGUUUUUCAGUCAUCUUGGACUUCUUGUAUUCUGGUAACCUGGUGCUUACAAGCCAAAAUGCCAUUGAAGUGAUGACAGUUGCCAGCUACCUUCAAAUGAGUGAAGUUGUUCAAACUUGCCGAAAUUUCAUUAAAGAUGCCUUAAAUAUAAGCAUUAAAUCAGAAGCUCCAGAGUCUGUAGUUGUGGACUAUAAUAAUAGGAAGCCAGUUAAUAGAGAUGGUCUGUCUUCAUCACGGGAUCAAAAAAUCGCCAGCUUUUGGGCAACACGGAAUCUUACCAAUUUGGCAAGUAAUAUAAAAAUUGAAAAUGAUGGUUGUAAUAUCGACGAGGGCCAAAUAGAAAACUACCAAAUGAAUGACAGUAAUUGGGUCCAGGAUGGUUCUCCUGAGUUGGCUGAAAAUGAAUCUCAAGGUCAAACAAAAGUGUUUAUUUGGAAUAAUACGGGCUCCCAGGGAAUUCAAGAGACUGGCAAAACAAGGAGGAAAAACCAAACUACAAAGAGAUUUAUUUAUAACAUACCACCUAAUAAUGAAACAAAUUUAGAAGAUUGCUCAAUGAUACAGCCACCUGUUUCCUAUCCAGAAGAAAAUAAGGCCCUAAUCAUCAAGGAAGAACCAGAUUUGGAUAGUGCUCUGCUCUCAGGGCCAGAUGGUGAUAGGAGUAUGAAUGCAAAUUUAUUGGCUGAAGCCUGCUCUGGUCAAGAUGGAGGUGAUGCUGGUACUUCACAUGAUUUCAAGUAUGGUUUGAUGCCUGGCCCUUCAAGUGAUUUCAAGUAUGGAUUGAUACCAGGUACUUCAAGUGAUUUCAAGUAUGGAUUGCUACCAGGUGCUUCAAACGAUUUCAAGUAUGGAUUAUUGCCAGAAUCUUGGCCAAAACAAGAAACAUGGGAAAAUGGUGAAUCAUCUCUAAUCAUGGACAAGUUAAAAUGCCCUCAUUGUAACUAUGUAGCCAAAUACAGACGAACACUAAAAAGGCACUUGCUCAUUCAUACCGGAGUAAGAUCAUUUAGCUGUGAGAUUUGUGGAAAGCUGUUUACUCGAAGAGAGCAUGUAAAAAGACAUUCCCUGGUGCAUAAAAAAGAUAAAAAAUACAAAUGUAUGGUGUGUAAGAAGAUCUUCAUGUUAGCAGCCAGUGUUGGAAUAAGACACGGAUCUCGGCGCUACGGUGUUUGUGUAGACUGUGCAGAUAAAUCACAGCCAGGAGGGCAAGAAGGUGUAGAUCAGGGACAGGACACAGAAUUCCCUCGGGAUGAAGAAUAUGAGGAGAAUGAGGUUGGAGAAGCUGACGAAGAGCUGGCUGAUGAUGGAGAAGAUCAGAAUGACCCAUCUCGGUGGGAUGAAUCAGGAGAUGCUUGUAUGUCUCUGGAUGAUUAACUGACGACCUAUACUCCUCAAGGAUGCUGCAUUUGGACAUAAUAUGAAUCGACAAUUUGGAUUGUUGAACUUGAAGGCUUGCAAAAUAUGGUACAUGCUGGAUGGUAGUUAUUGCUGUGAAAACUGUAGGGUCAAAGCCUUAUAGCAAAAAAAAAUUUUUUUUUUAUAUUUGCACAGGACUGUACAGCAAACAACCAUGUGGUUGGAUUACAUGGAGUCCCCACAUAUUCAGUCAGUUAUCAAAGUAAAAUAUUUUUUAUUUAUAGGAUAUACAGUAACUUUGGGUCCUAUGAAAAUAGUACUUGUCCUUUAUAGAACUUACAUUCAUGUGCCACUUUUUAACAUGAAUGAAGAAAAUCCAUUUAUGUAAGUACAGUGACAGUUGACCCAAUCACUCUGUCCAUCAAACCACUCAGGCUAGUUUGUACUAGUAGAGUUUUGUUUCUAUUUUUAUUUUUAUUAAUUUUAUUUUUUUUAAUACAGAUUUUCAGUGAGGGGCUUUUUCAACCCCAUUGGUUCUAUUUUCUUGUAUUUUUCCAUUUUAAUUUGCUUCAUAACUUAAACCAAGUCUCUUCUAGUCUUAGGUAUUAUUUCUCAGUUUUGUGCUGAUAGGCAUGUUUAUAAGAACUGGAGAGGUAAUUUAUUGGAAUGAACUAAUCAAUUCCCCUCAACCCCCUUUCCUUUUUUGACAUGAAUUUUAUGACUUCACAAAUGAAGAAUGACGUUGCGAGGUUAUCAAGGCGAAGUUGACAAAUGCCACUAAAAUGAUUAUGAUUUAGAAGUAACUUUCUCUUGCUGCUCUAAUCUAAUAAAUGGUUGCUAUCUGAUGUUUCCUGACA